AUGGACUUGAUUUCUCAAACUGAGAAAUGCCUUGGCUCUCCUGAACCAUGGUACAAAGGGACUGUUGAUGUGUCAACAUAUAUCUGUCAGGAUAACACUCGCAAUGCAGGAGAAUCCCCCGUUUUAUUGGAACCAAAUAGAAUGCCUGCUAUUAUUCCAAUUGCUCAACUUUCAACGUUGAUUUCGACACGAGUCGUCGAGGGGGUAAUUAUUCGUAAAAGCGACGUUUGUACGUUUGGAGGUGGAUCGGGAAAGUUUUUCAAUUUUGACAUCGCAGAUUUGCACUCUGAAAUACGAUGUAAAGCGUUUAAUGAAAUUCUUGAUAUGUUCUUCGGAUUGAUAAAAGUCGGCCAGGCAUACCAUUUCGAAAACUUUGUCCUGAUUCGUAGCAAUAAACUAUAUAAUCAUUUAUCCCACGAAUUUGAAAUAAAUUUGACGAAAAAUACUAUUUUGUACGAAAUUUCUGACCAUAUAUUUCCAACUAUACCUGUUCCUUUCAAUAUGGUAAACAUUUCGGACAUUGCAAUUUCCAUGGUUGGCAAAUGUGUCGAUGUAUUUGCAACGGUGACAUACAUUAAUAAUGUGGAUUUGAUUUUUGUUGCGAAAAGAAACACUCACUGCUAUACAAGAAACGUCAGUGUUGCUGAUGAUACAGGCACGAUCGAUAUAAUUCUUUGGAAUGACUUUGCGACGAAAUUUUCAACAGUGGUGAAUACAAAAGUUCGGUUUAAAAAUUUACUAGUCCAACUAUUCAAAGGCAAACUUCAACUUACAACAAUCAUGACAACGGUCAUAAAUUCAGAAGACGAAGCACAACAAGUUUAG